AUGGACGAGACGAUCGUGGAAGAAUGUAUUAACCUGGCCAUCACACUGAAGGAAGAAGGGCGGAGGGUCGUCGGUAUUGACCUCUGUGGUGAUCCGCGGGCCGGGGAACUCCAGCGGUUCGUCAAACACUUCCAAAAUGCCAAGGCGUCGGGACUGGGUGUAACUGUCCAUAUCGCCGAAACAGUUGACAAUCCCACUUCCGAGACCGAUAAUCUGCUUCGCGCGUUUGCACCGUCGAGGCUAGGCCACGCAACGUUUCUCGACGAAGAGGCCAUGAAGAUAGUGUUCGAGAAAGAUAUAGCCGUUGAGCUUUGCCUCACAAGCAACCUUCUAUGCAAAACCGUGAAGAGUCUCGAGGAUCACCACAUUCGCUUUUACCUGAAACAAGAUCAUCCUAUAGCUAUAUGUACCGAUGACCAGCUUGUGUUCCGCACAAAUCUGUUAGCCGAGUAUGCACUCCUUCUCGCUAAGCCGCCGUACGGCCUCGGAUUAACCAUGGAUGAAGUCAGAAAGAUUGCUGAGAUGAGUAUGGCCCGAAGAUUCAGUUAG